GGGUAAUAUUGUCUUUUGGCUUUUUCGACAUCCUAUUAUUAGUUUAAGGGGGUUAAAUGGAACAAUUUGUUAGUUUAAAGGGGUUAGUUGCAAAACCUCAACCGUACAUGUUUUUUUUUUUUUUUUUUUUGGCACUUUUCUCUUAUUUUUAUUAAAUUUUUAUAUUUUUUUUCUUUAUAAAUUUUUUAAAACAACCAAAUAUUAUAAAAUAAAAAAUAUUUUACUUCCAAACAAACAAGCUUCAAAUGAUUUUCUUUAUUAAAAUUUCAUUGAUCAUAUCAUUUUUCAUUUUCUCAUGUAUUUUAUCGAAAUUUUUUAUUUUCCAAUUUUCUUCGCACUUCACUUCUGAUAUAACUGACAGUGGGACAUCGUCGGUCAACGGUUUCAAUCCCAAACGAACUCCCCCAAUCAUGGAACCCAAAUCACCACCGUCCAAAUCCCCGGUACCGUCGAUCCUCGACCGUCUGAUCAAAGUCGACACUGCCCUCUCCCUCCACCUCCACACCACCACCCAAUCCAUCCUCCCUCGCUCCCUCCUCAAAACCCUUGAAAUCUCGGGCGACGGCCGCCUCUUUUUCCCCGUCGUCAUCUCCCUCUUUCUCUCUCCUCUCUCUACAACUUCCCACUACCUCCGCCUCUUCCUCGCCGACCUCCUCAUCGGCUCCGUCGUUGACCUCCUCUUGAUCGGCCUCAUCAAGCACCUCGUCCGCCGUCCUCGGCCGGUUUACAACAAGGGCAUGUCCCUCGCCUUCGCCGUCGACCACUGGUCCUUCCCAAGUGGCCACUCCUCUAGGGUUUGCUUCAUCGCCGCGUUUUCGUACCUUUCGUUUGAAUUGAUCGGACGAGCUCUCGACGAACUGAAAUCCUCUGGUGAUCAAUUUGUUGCUGAUUGGAUUGGUUUGAUCGGUUCUGAUGAUGAGUUGGAUGCUACAUGGCUCACCUUUGAUUUUUCUUCUAGAUUUGGUGGGGGAAGGGGUUUGUACCUCCCAUGGCCAGUGUUCAGCCACCGGACCAUACAUCUGCUCGUUGCAAUUGGGUCUGAUCAUUUAAGAUGAGUAGAAUUUCGUGGAUGGCAUCAUCUCUGGUCAUUAGUGCUUCUUUCCCAAAUUUAUGUAGGAUCGUUUUGUUACUUUAUCUAGUUGGCACGCUAACAUGGACCGAAGUAAACUCCCAUGAAAAGGAAGGAAAAUGAAGAGCCACUAAUAUUAUGAAAUCAGUUCCUUUUAUAUCUAGGACUGAAGUGAACUCCCAUGAAAAGGAAGGAAAAUGAAGAGCCACUAAUAUCAUGAAAUUGGUUCCUUUUAUACCUAGGAUUUGGGGCCUUCAACUUCAAACUCAGAUUGUACUUGUCCAAAAAAAAGUCAAACUCAGAUUGUGAGCUUGAUUUUUCGCAAAUUCAAUUCAAACAGAGAUCUUUCUUAUCUUUGUUUUAACUUUUUGCAUGAAUUAAAUAUAGAUAAGAUGAUUUCUCUGCCUAGAGUAUGGACACUUAGAGAGGAAGAUAGCGGUAUCGUGCAGAUGAAAUAUGGCUGUUCUCAUUUUGUGGAACAUUAGCAGCAUGAAGCAAUCUAAAGUACAUAUUUCUUUGUCACCCAUUUAUUUGGCAAUCAUCUUCAUUUCUUGUGUAUUUCUAAUGACUAUGACUAAUUUUUAUUUC